AUGUCACUGGCGACGUCCCACGAAAAAAUCUCUGGACAAACUUCCGCAGGAGAACCUGUGCUGUUCGGCGAUGUCACAAACACUCCAAGCUGGAAGACUGCCCGUGCUGCACGUGAGACCCUGCGCAGCUCUCAGUUCUGCGCCAGAACACGCGUUGUGACUGCGGCGGCGGCAGCAUCGAUGUCUGCACCUGAGCGAGGAAAGAAAAUUUCCUCGUCACCUAACGAAAUUGUGGUGGAGGCUACCGGCCACACUCUACAGAAAGGCGGCGGUAGCGUCGUGGAGGAAAACCAACUCAGCAACGCCAUGCCCGUUAUCCUUCGGGCGGAGAAAAAGUUCUCUUCACAAAAGUGGACGCAACGCCCACUGAAAUUCCUUCAGAAGUAUUUAUUUCUGAGACAUUUCAACGCCAUGCCCUCAGCUCCGGGUAAAAAUAAAUGUUUGACGUCAGCUCCGUUUCGCCCGGUGCCUGUGUGCGCGUCCGUCAAGGGCGCUGAGGGUUCUGGACUGUCUCCUCCUCCGCCUCCUCCUCCGCCUCCUUCGUCAGAGGGCGAUGAGGGGAAUGUAGCAGUUCGUUUCGUGCGUUCACGCUGUUUUCAUGCCCCGGCGUCGUGCGUCUCUUUUAAUGAGGGAGUACUGUGUACUGGAGAGCCUAAAAGUAGCGAUGGAGGUGGCAGCAGCGUCAACACGUCCACCAAGGUGGGUGCCGAUCGUUGUGUUUCCGCAGAUUUGCAAAGGUGCGAAGGAGAGCUGCCGGUUUUCGUCGGCAGGCCAUUUGACAAAGACGUGGAUUUUCCUCCUCCCACGGAAAUGGGGGUGAAUGGCAGGAAGGAGGUGGAACAAAUGGCGGCGUCUCUUAACUCGAUAGGGGAUUGCCAAAGGAAUUUCCGUGGGUGUUCGGCGAUUGGGGAGGUGUUUUCGCCCACGGAUGGUGUUGGUAUUGGGGUCAUUACGCCCAUUGAUGAUGAAGAGGUGCUCAUUGAGUUGGAGGGGCCCACGACUCCCGCGCGCCAUUCUGCGUCAGCCCUCACUGGAGCUAACAAGGCCUCUCCGCUAGAGAAAAACAUCACAGGAAGGAUGUCGAAUGAACCGUUCACGCGUGGAGGCCCGACUUCAAACUUUAUGCGGCAACCCAGCAGCCUGCUGGAAUGGUCCGGGGUCCUUACUGAAGGUAACAUUAAUCACGCGAUGGUGUCUUUUGCAGUAGAUCACUGCCGGAACUUGGAUGAGUCGUUUCAUGCCUUUGAAGGGUUUCUUUCAUCGUACUUCCUGGAACAGUUCAAAGUGUAUGAGGCAGCAGUAUUAGAGGCAGCCUUUGUGAUGGGCUACAUUCACAUGGUUGCGAUUCCAAUGAUGAAAUUGUUGGAGGUGGACGACCGACGUACUAUGUGCAUGCGACGAGAUAUCUACAUUAGAGGCCUGAUUGAGCGUUUUGUCGUGGAGCUGCCAGGAAAACGUAAAACUAAACUUCCUACUCUACUUCGCCUCUUUAACUUCCGACACGAGAGGCGAGGCCAGCCAGCACGGCAGGGCGAGACUCGGGCCAUCCGUCAGGCAGGCCGCAGCUACUCCACUCGUGGCGUGGGGCAUUCGCUGGGGAGAAGAGAAUACGAAGUGCGCACCAUGGGGAAGAGCGCGAGAGCCAAACGUGAAGAGGAAGGUACCGAAUCCAAGCUGUUGCCGAGGACGCCGCCAAGGUCUUCCAGGUAUCAUGUUCACAGGACGUUCCUGUCGGUGCCAAGAAACCGCACACCAAAACGCUCACCAAGAGAUGACGAGAUGAUGGACAUUGAGAAACUCACCUCAACGUUUCCGCGGCCUAGGGGUUGA